CGCAGGUGAGCAGCUGCAGGUGCGGUAGUGAGGACAGGUUCGGAGGGGGCGUGGCUUGUACACUACCUGUAGUAGGGGGGUUCGGGUUACCUUUCCCUUUUUAGUCGCUAGUUUGGGUUUUCCUGCGGUGGACUGCAGAUGAGUCCCGUCUGCAGAAUAAUUUUGUCUUCUUUUAUCAGUUUAUUACAAGUUCAAACUUCACCUGGAUCACCGGAAGCGAUUCUGAGCAUUUGUUUCCUCAACAAGUCGGUUUUUUUUCUUCCUGAAAUGAGCCCAUCCACUCGCAGCCGCAGGUAGCGGUCACGUGAUGCCAGGAUGCCUGGAGACCCACCCGACGCGUCGCCUUUAGAGCACAUUGGUGAUGAGAGGGGUAUGGAGGGGUUUGUGGAUCGGUCCGAUUCUCCUUCACUCCGCCCUCCAUAUCCCCUGGAACUAAUUGGGGAGGAAGAACCUGAGGGAUGUGGACAACUGGAGAGGCGGUGGGUCCUUUGGCAGGAGUUUAUGACAUCACACGCCCAACUGGACGCCUGGCUACUGGUCGCUGAGCAGGCAGUCGGUGCCCCUCCCCCCACCCAUGUUGCCUACGCCACUGCCAGGGAAGAAAUCAGAAAGUUUGAGAGGCUGCGAUGCGAGGCCAGGUCUCGGCUCGUUCAGUUGGACCGUAUGACCCAGAGGAACAGAACGCUGACUCGGCUGUUUCAGGGCGCCAUGCAGGCCCGGCUUCUGGGGUCAGUUAGGGAUUGUGGGCAACGAUGGGACAACGUGAACACCAAACUGGAAUCCAUCACUGGACGAUUGAAGGUCCUUGUCUCAGAGUGGGAGGGAUUUGAAGCAGAGAGGGAGGAGCUUGCUCUCUGGUUGGCUGAGCUUGACGUCCGUCUGACCAAGGUGGAUCACCUGACAGGAAACACCUGCGAAAAGUUGAGGCACCUAGAGUCCUUCCAGCAGAGUGUGUGUGAGAACUCGCGCCGUGUGAACGUCCUGCUGCAGCGCGGCGAGGCCUUGAUCCAGAGCAGCGAAGCAACUGAUGCUCGGCAGGUGGAGGGUCGCCUGCUGGAGCUGCUGCGGAGCUGCAGCCUUGUCUACAGCAACAUCGCACAGACACACACGCGACUGCUUAGCAUGAGACUGGUGUUUGAGGAUGACUGGAUUCUGUCUCAGGCUACAGACUCUGGUUGUCCUUCAGAGACUCUAUUAGAGGAAGAGGGAGCACUUGACAUGGCCGACCUCGACCUCCCUGCUUUUCCAAACCGCCCAAAAUCUUACCCCACCUUCUCCUCAGUUCGACUUCGUCCUCCUCCUCCUCCGUCCCCUAGCUCUCCCACCCAUGAGCACCUGGGGCUGGAGUGGGACCCCUCCGUCGAUAUCGGACAUUCUGUCUCCCACGACGAAGCCGACUCCUUGUAUUUCAGUGCCAGCGCGGCUCUUUCUCACGACGAUGGUGUGAAGAGGUUGAGCUACCUCAGCUUGGUCGACUCUCUUGAUGAUGGCAAUGACAUCACCAAUCAGGAAGCAGAUCUGAGAUGGCUUGGCCAAACCCACCCCAGCGUCCCCUCGCCUGUAGCCACCCAGGGGGGCGAAAUUCGGCCAAACGGAGAACUGUGGGCGACCUCGACUCCUGACAAACUGGAUGGUGAAUCAGUUGGCUUUGACGGCAGGCGUGUGAGGGCGUGGCUCGGUGUCCAGGGCCCCGCCCCUCCAAGGAGUACAACUUCCUCUUCAAAAGCAGUUCAGACUGACGUGGAGUGUCACCACAGAGUAGCACCCAACCAGCUGGCUUUUCAUGUCAAGAACACACAACUCUUUUCUGGGCCCACUCCUUCGCCAUCACAUGACCUAAAUUCCUCCUCUCAUUGGGUGAAGCUCCAAUGCGGAUCACCGCAACAGAGCGUAAAGGCUGAAGAGGAGCAGCCCUGUUGGGAGGAAGUUGAGCGUCGUCUCUCCAAACAAAGUGUGACCCCCAGCAGCAGGCCUCCCUCUGCCCUGCCCCCCCCGGCCCCCCUCUGCCUCCUCCUGGCUGCAGCUCUGGCUCUGCUGGCCGGUCUGAUCUGGCUCAUCGUGGAGCCGGCGUAUCACUGCAGCAGCAGGGCGCCUCGGGGCUUCCACCUGGCUCUAAGGUACGUCAACGGACCCCCGCCUACAUGAAGACCACCCUGAGACCCUCAUGACCGCCGAAAAGUCAUUCAUUCUCAAAAGAAAAGGACUCCUAACAUCAUAGCAUUAGAGAUGUGGAGAGAUGAAGCCAAUAGUCGUAGCCAGAAAGCCUCUGUGCCUUGCAUUACCAAAAAUAUUUAAUGAAGCAGAAAAUAAUUGUUGUAUUAGAAGAUGGGUUGGCUUGCUUGCACAGGUUCCAAUUUCAACUGCUGUCUGUGAUAUUGUAACACUUUGUUUGAUGAUUUAUGUCCAAAUUAUGAAGAAUGUCCUACGUGAUUUCAAUCACUGGCUGCCUUGUUACACUGACAGCACUUGUAUUUAUAAUUCAUCAAGAUGUUUUGCAAAAUGACAAAAUGGAAUUAUUAUUUUUUUUUUUAAUGCAUCCAUCACCUAUUUAUACAUCACUUUUGGCCUUUUCUCAGACAAACAAAAGUGUGUAUGAACUAUGUUUUCUCUUUUUCCAGGCUGCUUUUGUUUUCAAUUAAUUGCUUGAAGACUUAAACAGUCAGCGGAAAAAUGAUCCCUUAAUGUCAAGACAAAUAUCUAUUUAUUGAAGCCAAACUGCUCAUUUGACAUUUUUCUGUACAACUUCCCCACAGAUAAUUUCACUGUGACCAAAAUAAAAGCAUGAUGAAUUAUUUCCAGCAAUAGUUUCCCCCCCUCAAAGACACAGAAGCCAUUUUGUAUUUACUAUCGCUGUGAGAUUUUGACUAAUUUAUAAAGGAAAGAAUGUGAGCAGUUCUUGAGUCCUUGAGAAGAAACUUUGACAUGUGUAAAUCCCACCAAUGUCAACAUCAGCGAACGACGAGGGCAAAUGAAGACAAUAAUGCAGAAACACACACACACACUGCAGUACACAGGGAUCACAGGCAGUGAAACACAAACAUGACGGUACACAGUUUGACUUGUUCGACGGCCGUGAUGCCGGACGCUGCUGCCUGGUGUAGCAUGUGGGGUCAGGGAGGACGGGAGAGUUUCAGGUAGCCAUUAUGUCCCAGAUGUGUGGAAAACAGCGGUUUGUGAAUUGAGCUUUGCUUUGGACAGCGAGCGCCUCCCCACCGUGAGUCUAAGCCGGUUGUCUUUUUGUCAUUUUAUCCAUGGACAUUUCUUCUUUUUAGGAUGACACGGUUGUUGAGUCGAUUCUCUUGUUUGUUGGAGCAGCUUCAUACAACUCAAAUGUCUCAGGGGAAAACGUCUGCCCAGGUUUCCUAAAAGGUUUCAUUUCAAGAGGAUGACAUUACCGUCCAAUUUUGUGUCAGUGGCUGCAGGAUGAUGAAGACGUUGUGUGUUUGGCAAAAUCAUAGAAAAGAGAACUUCUAAGUCUAGAAAGAUUGAACUUUUAGUUUGUCAUUGUUUCAGAAACCGAUAUUGCAUCAAGUCAAAUGUUUAUGCUUUUGUACAUGUAUUUCAAUAUGACCAAUAAAAGGAAAUGUAUGAAA